AGUGAGGUUGCGCCUGGGUUUCCCUGAAGUUGUCAAAUCUGCUGAAGGGGGAGAGAGGGAAAGUUCCAAAGGGACUGGAGAUAAGAUAAUAACUUCACUUAAAAUUACACACAGGCUGGGCAAGCAGCGAAUACAGACUCUCCAACGUGACCUGAACUCAGGACCUCUCCUCUCGAGCACUUAAGAGAAAGAAAGAGCAAGAGUGGGGAAAGCCCACAAGAUUUCGCGUGGCUGGACUGCGUGGAGCUGGAGCAAUGUUCUGAAGCUGCGAGCGCUGGCAGCCCAGUGGUGGCAACAUGUGCUAAUGCAGCUUCUCUCUGGGAUUGUAUUUUCACAAUGCAGUGGCGCACGUGAUGGAAAAUGUCCUUCUCAGCUGUGAAUGGCUUGGAUGCUGGCCACGAAGAUGACAGAAGUGUCACAGAGCCUGUCACUGAGGAUAGUGCAGACAGCGCACAGCAUCAUGUGAAGGAAGAGGAGGUGGAGGAGGGUGGUGACUCUGUCGCCACUCUCCACAAUGGUUCAUUCUCCACUGACUCAGAAUUCUCCCUAAGUAUCUGUGGGGAUGAGCCAAUGAUAAAGCGCAAGAAGGGCCCGGCCCCAAAAAUGCUGGGGAACGAGGUUUGCAGCGUCUGUGGGGACAAGGCGUCGGGUUUCCAUUACAAUGUGCUAAGCUGUGAAGGCUGUAAGGGCUUCUUCCGCCGUAGUGUCAUCAAGAAUGCACAGUACACCUGCAAGAACAGCGGCAAGUGCGAGAUGGACAUGUACAUGCGCAGGAAAUGUCAGGAGUGCCGGCUGCGGAAAUGCCGAGAGGCAGGAAUGAGAGAACAUUGUGUCCUGUCGGAAGAGCAGAUCCGCAACAAGAAGCAGAAGAAACGGGAGGACGACAUGGCGCAGACGAUGGUGAUGGCGGCAGAGGACUCGCCGGUGAUGGUGGACAUAGCCAGGCUUACAGCAGAGCAGGAAGAGAUGAUCCAGCAGCUGGUGGCCGCACAGCAGCAGUGCAACAAGCGGUCAUUCAGUGACCAGCCGAAAGUAACGCCCUGGCCACAAAGUAAUGACCCCCAUAACCGGGAGACACGACAGCAGCGCUUUGCCCACUUCACAGAGUUGGCGAUCAUCUCAGUACAAGAGAUCGUCGACUUUGCCAAGCAGAUCCCGGGCUUCCUUGAUCUCUCGCGGGAAGACCAGAUCGCACUUUUGAAGGCAUCCACCAUCGAGAUAAUGUUGCUGGAGACAGCUCGGCGGUACAACCACGAGACCGAAUGCAUCACCUUCCUCAAGGAUUUCACAUACAGCAAAGAUGAUUUUGCACGGGCCGGGCUGCAGUUUGAAUUCAUUAACCCGAUCUUCGAGUUUUCGAAGGGCAUGAGGAAGCUGCAGUUGGAUGAUGCUGAGUAUGCCCUGCUCAUAGCCAUCAAUAUCUUCUCAGCAGACCGCCCUAAUGUUCAAGACCAUGAAUUAGUUGAGAGGCUCCAGCAGCCGUAUGUUGAGGCACUUCACUCGUAUUUGCGCAUCAAGAGACCAAAGGAUCACCUGAUGUUCCCUCGCAUGUUGAUGAAGCUGGUCAGUCUUCGAACCCUGAGCAGUGUCCACUCGGAGCAGGUCUUUGCCCUCAGGCUUCAGGACAAGAAGCUGCCGCCCUUGCUGUCUGAAAUAUGGGACGUUCACGAGUGAACGAGGGAAAGGCCGUAAGCAGGAGAGGAGCGGGGCGGAGUAGACUUUUUUUUUCUUUUAUUAAAAAAAAACUGAAAAGAGGAUGAGGGGGAAAAAAUCCGCCUGCUUUUUUUUUUAAAAACUAAAACUCAAAGGAGGAAAAAGGUCGAAGCGGGCCUGACCAACGUGUGAGAGAGGGAGGAUUUUAAACAAAAGAGACGGAUGUCGAACCUUACAUGGGUAUGGGACUUGGAUGUCUGGACAUUGAGGAGACAUCCGUUGCUGCACUUAGUGAACUGAGCUCCAAUGAGAGACUUAAGUCUCCACUUGUUCCUGAGGCGGUGGUUUUGUUACCACAGCUCAUCCUCGUUUAUUGUUUAACAUGCAUUGUUUACCGACCCCUCCCAAAAAAAAAGAUUUUAACAAUGAUUUUUUUUUUUCUGCAGGGUUUUUUUUUGCCCACUAAUAUAUGAAGUUCAAUGAUUUUUUUUUUCUCCCAAUAAGCAACUUUCAAAAAGAAAUCAAAUUCAAUCUGGUAUUGGAAAGUGGUUCUUGCAAAGACUGUAGAUGUGUGUCUGUGCAUUCAGCUGAGAGUUUUAGUCACGUUUCACAUGAAGUGAGUUGGAUCUUGCUGCUGAAUGAAUGGGCAACAUUAUGCAGAGAAGAAACCUGUUUAAUUUUAUAACAAAACAUAAGCACUACAUCCCAUUGCUAAUUAUCCUGAUCUCUGAAGUAAUGAAUUGUUGGUCAUUAAUGUGACUUAGUGAGGUUUCUCAUAAUUACCUUGUAAUUCACUGUCGGUUGUGUCACUGGGGCAUCGAUGUUGUUUUCUCCUGAGGGAUUAUCUUAAUCAGGGAUCCUGUUGAUGCAAAUUGCACAAAGUUCCCCUUAUUUGUUAUGUUCAGAUGCCCACGCUACCUUGGACCUUAUUCAUUCGUAGGAUGUGGCUGUUGCUGGCACGGCCGGCGUUUGUUGCCCAUCCUUAAAUGCCCUUGGGAAGGUGAUGGUGAGAACCCUUCUUCACUACAACUGAGUGGCUUUCAGAGUUGAGAGUCAGCCAUCUUACUCUUUGGGUUUGGCAUCUCACGUGGGCCAGACUGCCUAAGCAGGACAGGUUUCCAUCCCUAAAGGGCGUUAGUGAACCAGUUAUUGAUUGCAUGAGUUGGGAAACUGGUUGAAUUCUGCCAACCAAUCUUGGGGAGAGGAGAAGAUUAUCUUUGAGCAUCGCCAUCAGCCUAGGUUAAAGCCUUGGUUUUUUUCCUUCCUGUAAUUAAUGCACUAGUCUUUGUGUUCUGCCUAUAUCUGCCCUGUAUCUCUCUCUCUACCCGUAAGUAUGUCUUAUCCUUUCUGUGCCUCCCUCUGGAAUUUAUCUCUGACUGACUCUGGUAUGUAUAUGUUUUAUUCUGUGUAUGUCUGUCUGUCCAUUUCUCACUUCCUUUGUGUGUGUGUGUGUGUGUGUGUGUGUGUGUGUGUGUGUGUGUGUGUGUGUGUGUGUGUGUGUGUGUGUGUGUGUGUGUGUGUGUGUGUGUGUGUGUGUGUGUGUGUGUGUGUGUGUGUGUGUGUGUGUGUGUGUGUGUGUACUCUCUCUGAUUUCAUCCCUUAAUUGCGAACAUUGAAUAUUUUCCUCAGUACCCAUCUGAUUUUGACAUCCAACUUUUGGAUGUUCACACAGGUGUGGGUAAGAGAGCAAAAAUGCAGCCAGGAAGAGAAAGAUGAACAAAGAGAAUUUUUUUUAUAUAUUAAAAAAGGGAAAAUUGAGGUAAGUGGAAAUAUAUGCAAAGAUGAACGUAUAAAUGCCUAAGCCAAAAUGAAUCUGAUUUAGACAUCUGAUUACGGGUGGUCCGCAUGGAACAGUUGCAGAUAUGUAUUCUUGCUGUGAAGCAUAUGAAAGCUGUCCUCCCUCUGUAUCUCGCUUUGUGGAGCAAGGAGACAGGUAGCAUGUUGCUUCAUCAUAGUCACUGGGCAAUAUUGGGUGUCACUCCACUGCCCUGUAUCUGCACUCAAAACAUUUUGCAAACAAUGUGGUUUAAAAAGAACGUAUUUUUUCACACAAAUGACCAUUGUCAACAUUUUCACUGCUGUCUUGUUUAAGUCAUUGAUUUCCCCCCUCAAUUUUUGCACAGCAGGAGAACAUAUUAAAUGCCUCCCUUAAUUUGUUCCUUGUACAUUGCCUGGGGUUCCACUCCUCUGGAUGUGUUAACUCAUUUAAAAGGAGUUCAGAUAGAGAUCAGGAACUGAAUGGCCUUCUCUUGUCCCUGUACUCCUUCUAAUUUCUCUCCUCUUGAAGGCAGUGAGGUUUGGUUCUGGCAGUGGAGAUUGGAGGGAUUGGGGGCUCUAGGCACCUUCUGGUAUUCCUCCCAAGUGACCCUAACAUGUGAUGAUCCCUAACAGUGUUCCUCCAUCCUUCAAGGGAAUCAGUGCUCAAGCUCGAAUCGCGUUCUUGUCCAAUACACACACUUUCCAACACUAGUUGGUGAGUUAUUCCUCAUCUGUCCCGCCAAAGAGCCUGAGACCAAUUGUAGUGACCUCGACUCGAGAUCAGCCAACUCAGCAAGGUCCGGGAGUCAAACCCGAGGCCACUGGACAUCUAUCCUUGACUCAAACCCCUCUAAUUCCCAGAUUGCGUCAAUGUCCACGUCCACCUGCACAGUUAGAGGCCAACCUUACUCAACGAUAGUGAAACAGUUUUAAUGAAACCAUUGCUUACAGAUUUAUCCUAAGGAGGUUAGGGGGUCCAAUUCAUUUCCACACCGAAGUAUUUGUAUUUUAGACUUUUCCCUAAUUAAUUGUAUUCUCCUUUCCUUCUUAUUUUGGUUAGAGGGUGGGGGUUGGAGGGAGGGGGGAGAUUGGGCAAGGGCAGGCCUGAGAGAGCAGGCGGGCUAACCUGCUCCCAGACCUUUGUCAAUAUUGUACUUGUAAAUACGGCCUAUCGCCCCAUGAAUGAAAAGGAAAUUGAAGGCUGAUUGUUUUCCUUUUCAACUUAUGAUUUGGGGAAGCACUUUAGAAUGAAUAAAAGCAUUGUGAGUUUUAACUUCUGCUUUUUUACUCCCCUGAAGUUUCUGGUACCUUUCUCUUAAUCUUGAAUGGAAUUCUUACACUGCACACCUCGAAUGUACAAAAUUACCAUUUGAAGGUUUGUUCUGUUGAGGGUUUUUCCGGCAAGGUUUUCCGCUCUUGUCCCUUUUUUUUUGAUGUUGUCCUGUGUUCUAAGGAAACGUGCCUCAUUGCUGUCGACAGACCAGCUUGCUUCUCCUUUGCACAGUCCUGCCAAUUAAUUGCACUUUGGGCUCUUGGCUGAAACUCCGGCCCUAAAAUUCUGCUCCACUUAGAAAAACCACGGACUGAUACAACUUUCGGACAGAAGUUGAGUUUCCUCAUUUGCUGUAUCUCUGAGCUUUCUCCAUGUGAAUGGGAUUUGGAGUGGGGGUGGUGGUGCUAGAACUGGGCUAAAUUUUAUUUGCACCUCUUUUUGUUACCUGUCUAUUCACUGGACCGAAGCACAUUGUUGGGUGAAUAUUGAUGGGGAUUGAUACUCCCAGCCAUUGUACAUUAGCGCAACUGGAAUUAUGAUUCAGAAAAUGGGUGGUGCCCAGCAAAUUUUAGAAACUUUUUGGAGUCAGGAACUUCUGCACCCGUCCAGUUCAGGAAUGUUGGCGCUAGGGGAAUGAAGCACUUUGCAUUUUGAAAGCCCCCAGUGCCAGCACUGGGCAUUCACAGGCAGAGAAGAUUCUACACAGUGGAAAGCUUCCUUUAAUGUGCUCCAUAACAAUGUGCUUCAGUACCAGCUCCAAAGGAGUGUUCCCUACACACUCAGUGCGUACUUUAUCACAGCAACUCUCCCAAAUAAUAUGCUAGAUUUGUCCUUGAGACUGCACAAAUGAAUUUGCCUUGAGAGCCCUACAGUACCGAAAGAGAAGGCAUUCCAUCUGGCAGAGGUACCCUUGAAUCCAAAGGUCAAGGACCAAUGUUGACCCCACUGCACCAUCCAGAACCUAUCACAGAAAGGCUGAAGGCAUCAUUUCCACUCUGUGCACAAGGGAAAGAGCAAAUGGGCAGGAGGAGGACUGGGACUAAAGCAAAAGCAUGGUAUAACUUGUGUCUUAACCGUGAAUGACUACUUGGGCUUCAGGCUUCUCCCAUUCUCUCACCACCUCUCCUGAGGGUGAUGAAUCUCACUGGGUACAGGAUCAUGGGUGCUGGUCACCUGGUCCAAGUGGUCAUCCCUCUUGUGACCCCAACUGGUCUGCAUAAUCGAUACCAGAACACUUUUCCCUGCUCAAGUUCAGUCUCUUUCUUUGGAUUUGAGUUUUAUUUCCAGGUCUGCGGAGAGCUGACAGCCCUGCCAAAAGGCUCUGCCAACACUGCUCUGAAGCCAGUGUUUGGUUCAUAUAUUUUUCCCUUCUCUCUCCCUCAGCACUUUGGAGGUCAUUUUAAUGUGGGUGAUGGUGUAAAAAGGGAUGAUAUGGGACCUUUUAUGCACCCCCCCCCCACCCCAUUCAAUUUUCCAAUUUUGAGAUCUCCAGUUUUUACACCCAAAUGUUAAUGACUGCCUUUGAGUUGUGUAACACUAGGGGAAAACAGUGGUCGUGGGAGUUAAUUCAAGCUGGAGUACAGAUUCUGUGGACACUGGCUGUCCUGCAGUGCCCCACACAAAAGCAGCCACUCUUCAUGUGUGAGUCUAGACAGUGAAAGCUGACAGUUUGAGUUGUACAUCACACACAAUACACAUUUUAAAAGGCUUAAGGGUGACGUUCACCAUGUAGGGGAUUGGCAUCAGUCUGCUAGUUAAUUGCUGAGCAAUGUGUUGUACUAACCUAAUACAUUUCAGUGACACUAAUAAAAUUCAGCCCGAUGCAUUUGGGAAGUUGGAUGUUUUCAUUUGAAGAGCUCUCUCAGGAUCAGUAACUGUUUGGAAAAUAUUUCUCAAUUAGUAAUUUUUUGUUAGCAAUUAAAAUAUUAAUCUGAAUCCAUCAGUACUGGG